CUCCCACCUUAAAACCUGCGCCUUCCUUCGUGCAGACUUUGUCUUUCCUCCAUCACUCUGCGAUAGAAUAGACAGCCUUGCAUCUCUGUCUUCUUCGCGCACAUCUCUUUUCUUGAUACCCCAUCCAUUCUCUCUCGCACAUUUACAAUGGCCAAGUCCAAGACCAAGGAGAGCAAGAAGGCCGCUGAGGCCCUUGCCGUCAAGGACGCCGGCGUCACCAAGGCGUCGCAGACCCCCAAGGCGAAGUCCAAGGAUGCCGCCAAGGCCGCCGCUAAGAAGGUGGUGAAGGAGAAGGAGGAGCCUUCCAAGAAGAAGAAGAAGGUCGUCGAGCCUGAGUCUUCGUCCGAGUCCGAGGAGGAGGAGGAGGAGUCCGACUCCGACUCGUCUGAGAGCUCCGAGUCUGAGGAGGAGAAGCCCGUCAAGAAGGCCGCCGUCAACGGCAAGACCAAGGUCAAGGCCGAGACCGAGUCUUCUGACUCUGACUCUGACUCCGAGAGCGAGUCUGAGGACGAGAAGCCCGCCAAGAAGGCCGCCGUCAACGGCAAGGCCAAGAAGGCCGCUGCUGCGUCCGACUCCGACUCCGACUCCGACAGCGAGUCUGAUUCUGAGGAGCCCAAGAACGGCGUCAAGGUUGAGGCUGAUUCUGACUCUGACUCGUCGGAUUCUGACGAGGAGAGUGAGGAUGAAAAGCCCGCCGUCAAGGCUGAGUCUGAUGAUUCUGAGGAUGACUCCGAGGACAGCGACGACUCUGAGGAGGACUCCGAUGAGGCUGUCCCUGAUGCCGAGGCCACCGAGCCUGCCCGUGCUGCCAAGAAGCGCAAGGCCGAGACUGAAAUCGACGAGGCUCCCAAGAAGGCCAAGACCGAUGCUGCCACGACCCUCUUCGCCGGUAGCCUGAGCUGGGGCGUUGAUGACAACACUCUGUAUGAGGCCUUCAAGGACUUCGAGGGCCUUGUCAACGCUCGUGUCGUCACCGACAAGAUGUCUGGUCGCAGCCGUGGCUUCGGCUAUGUCGACUUCAACGACUCCGACGCUUGCACCAAGGCCUACGAGGCCAUGCAGGGCAAGGAGAUUGAUGGUCGUGCCAUCAACCUUGACUACGCCAACGCCAAGCCCGCCGACGCCAACCCCCAGGCUCGUGCUGCCGACCGCGCCAAGAGGCACGGCGACAAUGUCAGCCCCGAGAGUGACACCCUCUUCGUUGGGAACCUUCCUUUCGAUGUCGAUCAGGACAGCGUCAGCGAGUUCUUCAAUGCCGUCCGUGCCGUCACCAGCGUUCGCCUGCCCACCGAUCCUGAUUCGGGUAAUCUUAAGGGCUUCGGCUAUGUCAGCUUUGGAUCUAUUGAGGAUGCCAAGGCUGUCUUCCAGGAGCUCAACGGUGCUCCCAUUGGCAACGGCCGCAUGUCGCGCAGCGUCCGUCUCGACUACGCCAGCGCCCGUCCUCCUCGUGAGGGUGGCGGCUUCGGUGGUGGCCGUGGCGGUGGCCGUGGCGGCGGUCGUGGUGGUUUCGGUGGCCGUGGUGGUGGUCGCGGCGGCGGCGGCGGCUUCGGUGGUCGCGGCGGUGGCGGUCGUGGUGGUCGCGGCGGUUUCAACCGUGGCGGCGGCGGCGGCGGUUACUCCGGGACUAAGGUCACGUUCGAUUAAGAGGGAUCCUGAGGGCUACCAGCGGGCGAUUCCAGAACAAAGUGGGCUAGUGGGCUGUCGUUUUCAACACAAGUUGAGGGUUCGUCUCUGACGACUCUGUGGGCUUUGAGAAAGUCGCUCCCUCGCGGAGCGGCGAUAGACCUGGGGGCUUUUCUUCACUUGGACCGUGGGCUCGUGGCGCCGCCCUCUCUCAUGAGGGUUUGCCGGAUGGCUUAUCUCGAGGCUUUUUGAUUGUGGGCAUUGUGCAAGAACUGUCGCCUCACGACAGUAUACCAGUGGGCUUCUGAGGGAUUUGUCGGCUGAUUUGGGAUCUGUCCUUGGCGAUGUCUUUGGAUGUCACCGAGCGACCCAACUUGACUCUGCGAAUACUUCUAGGGGACCUGGGGGCUCUUCAAACGCAAAUACUUGAACUCGUCUGGGGGCGUCGUCUCACGCGGAGGCGCGCACCGCUACCGUCUUUACGGUUGUAUCACUUUCCAGGGCUUGCUUUCUAGUCGCAUCGGACCGGGUAAGUAUUUGCAAUGAACUCGCGAUGUUUGGUGUACACCACGGCGUUAGGGGCAGGGAAAAAGCACCAAUCUAAUUAUACUACCGACUUGUAAUGUAUCGUGGCCUCUUGGUGAUGUUUG